AUGGCCGACCUCGCGACUCAGAGCGCCAACCCAGUCGCCAACAAGCCCGCCAGCACCAUUGGUGGUAAUGCGCCGCCAACUCCUCCAGAAACACAAGAAGUGAAGAGCGCCAACCCAACUUCUACACUUCCUGCUUCGGCGGAUGAACCUGCCAAGACAAAUGAGACAUCAUCAGUGCCAGUACCGGCUUCUACAUCCGAAACCGAGCCUUCAAAAGGUCUUGGAGAAUCAGAGACCGCAGUACCAGUGAAUGGAGCAACUACCGCACCAGGUAAGUUAAGCAGCAAAAGCCUAAGGUUCAUAAUCUUGUACGGUUGGGAACUUGCCAUCAAUGCAUCUGCGCAAGUCUCUUUCACUCUUCGAACCAUGCACAGGAGUCUUGUUACGCCGCAAUGCGCACAGGUGAUGGAGACUAACAAGACAGCAGGAGCAGGCACAGACUCUGUAAAGGCAGCAGAGGCCGAGGCCGAUCAAUUGGCUGCACAGCCGGAAAAGCCCAGCGACAACCUGACCAGCUCUGCGCCAAUCAAUGCAAAGCCCAGUGCUGCUGCAGCUUCUACGAAUGAGGAGCUAUCCAAUGAACCCCCCAAGCCAGUCUCCCUAGAGGAAGUGCCCGAUCCGGAGGGACCAACCACCAAGCUCAAGGCUGCGGAAGAUGUAGUCAGCCCAGAGCCUACCAAAGAACCCGCAGCCACGGCGGUUUCUGAGGAGAAGAAGGACGCCGAAGUGACCGACGCGCAGCCCACAGUAACCACCGGGCCCUCUCAGCCCGAAGCGGUGCCCGCCGUCAGCGAGCUCGUUGCGGAGAAGCCCAAGUCGGGACAGAAGCGCAAGGCCGAGGAACCUGCCGCUGCUGCGGUCAAUGGCGACGAGGCAGCCGAGCAGCAGGCACCUGCCGCGAAGAAGCAAAAAGAGUCACCCAUCAAGAGAGUUGCCGACAAGGUGAGCAACACUAUCAAAAAGGUUGGGCGUCCCAAGAAGGAAAAGAAGGAGCCCGCCCCCGUAGGCAAGACCGCCAGGAAGACUCGCAGCCAAGGCAAGGCCGAUGAGUAA